CACCUUGGGGGCUUGGUGCUGUUUAAGUGCUGUGCGCUUCCACUAUCGUAUUGACACUCAUGCAGGCCGUUGGGCUGCUGUAACGCCUAUUGACAUCUGCAGCGAUGCGAGUGAUGCGUGAUUCAGCAGCAGGGCCUGCAUGACUGACUCACUGGAAGCCAGAAAUAGGAAAAUAGAAGAAGAACAGCUCGAAAUGGUACCCAUCUCACUACAAGUGCCAACUCCUGGUGAAGACGAAGAAACAGCAUCACUUACCAAACCUUUAGGUCCUCAUUCCAGCAGUUACGAUGCAUUCCUACCGGCUUCUGCGAAACCUCAGGACGGUAUGUCGUGGCGAAGCUACUCAGCAAUCGGAUUGACAGUAUGCGCACUGCUGCUGCUGGCUGGCAUCCUGACAGCGCUUGGUUUGGAGGGCCGAUACAGCGAGCAGUAUCAGCUUAAGUUCCUGGUGGUGGGUGAUUGGGGCCGCAACGGGCGCUACAACCAGUCCGAAGUAGCCAGGGCAAUGGGACGGGUGGGCCACAACUUGGACUUCGUAAUCUCAGUUGGAGACAAUUUCUAUGAGACGGGGCUGACAUCGGUUGAGGACUCCCAGUUUGACACGUCAUUCACUCAGAUCUACACUGCUGAGAGUGUCCAGGUGCCCUGGCAUGUAGUGCUUGGAAACCACGACAUGGGCGAAUACUGGCCCACCAAUUCUUCCGACCGCACUAUGCCUCGACCCACCAACUGCCCUGCCAAUGCCACCGCUGAUGACUGCUUCUACGGCCCCUUGCACCAGCUGGAUGUGAGGCUGCGGGAAAGGGACAGCAGGUGGCACUGCGAGCGCUCCUGGACAAUGGCGCUGGCAGAUGGCGCAGUCGAGUUCUUCUUCAUUGACACCAGCCCGAUGGUGCAGGAGUACCAUCAUGUGAUCUGGGCGGUGAACAGAGGAGGCAUACUUGAGCAGUCGCCUGACGCUCAGCUGAAGGAGUUGGAGAGCCGGCUGGAGAGGUCAAGCGCCAACUGGAAGAUUGUUGUCGGCCACCACCCGAUACGGUCUGACCUGCAUGAAUACCCAGAGGUGGGGGCUGCACUGAAGCCCCUGAUGGAUCGCUACGGUGUCCACGCAUAUUUGUGUGGGCACGAGCACAAUUUGCAGCAUUUGCACGUUGACGGAGAAUCGACACACUAUGUUGUCAGCGGAGGCGGCUCCCAGAGCAAUGCAUAUGGCUUUGUGGAUGAGGAGAGGCCUGAACUCAAACUCUUCUUCCCUGGGUCAGGCUUUGUGGAGUGCAUAUUGAGCCCACAGCACUUGCAGGUCCACUACUACUCCACCUCGCAAGAUGAGCCGUUGCACCUGAUUGGACCGAAUGGAGGCCAAGGGUCGCAGUCACUGACACCGCAGUACCACCGGUGGCACUGCGGCCGCGGCGGCGGCAUCGGCCGGAUCGAUCCGGAAUCCGCCGCUGCUGAUGUGGCGGCCGUCUAUUUCAAACGCGACCCCCCUACAUAG